AUGAGUUAUCCGGAUAAUAAUGCAAGUGCUAAUGUUAAUCCUACUGAGAAUAAUGAAAUCGAGAUAGAUGAUCAUGCACCAUUAUGGAAGUAUGUUAAAAAACUUGACAAGUUAGGAAAAGGAGGAGGAAAUACUAUGUUUAAAUGCAAUUAUUGUCAUAAUACUUACAAAGGCUCCUACUCUAGAGUCAAGUUUCAUUUGUUGAAAAUAUCAGGCAACGGGAUUGCACCUUGCGAAAUGGUUACUGAUGAAGUUUUUGCAGAAAUGAAAAAACUUGUGAGAGAAUGUGAAUACCGGUUGAAAAGUGCAGCUCCAAGACAAGUGUCUUUGCCUAAUACUAGUUCUUUACUUUGUUCUUCUGUGUCUAAUGUUGAGCAAAAGAAGAGAAAGGGAAUGAAUGGGCCCCUUGAUAGAGCUUUUCAAAAUGAGCCUAGAGAACAAUGUGAUGCUGAAGUUGCAAGAAUGUUUUAUACAGGUGGAUUGUCCUUCCACUUGGCAAGGAAUCCACAUUAUCGAGACUCCUAUUUUCGUGCUUCUACGCUUCCAGGAUAUGUUCCACCAGGUUACAAUGCACUAAGAACUACUCUUUUGCAACAAGAGAAGAGGCACGUUGAGCGAUGUUUACAACCAAUCAAGAGUACAUGGAGCACUAAAGGUGUAAGUGUGUGUAGCGAUGGGUGGACAGAUUCACAAAGAAGACCACUUAUUAACAUUAUGGCAACUUGUGAAAGCGGGCCUAUGUUCUUGAAGGGAAUUAAUUGUGACGAAGAGUACAAGGACAAAUAUUGUAUUGCCAACUUUCUUAUCGAUGCCAUUAAGGAAAUUGGUUAUCAAAAUAUGGUUCAAGUAAUCACUGACAAUGCACUAGUUUGUAGAGCUGCUGGAUUACUUGUUGAGGCUAGAUAUCCCAAUAUCUUUUGGACACCAUGUGUGGUUCACACUCUUAAUCUUGCUUUGAAGAGCAUAUGUUCACCAAAACCAAAUGACGAUUGGUAUGAUAAAUGUAGUUGGAUUUCAGAGAUUGCUGCUGAUGUUGGGUCCAUAAAAAUUUUUAUUGUGAACCAUAAUAUGAUAUUGACUAUGUAUAAGGACCACUGCAAGUUGAAGCUGCUCUCCAUUGCUGAAACAAGGUUUGCGUCUAGACUUGUGAUGAUUAGAAGAUUUAAGGAAGUAAAGGAAGGUCUAGAACAAAUGGUGAUUAGUCCAAACUGGUCUUUAUAUAAAGAGGAUGAUGUUAGCAAAGCAAGAAGAGUGAAGGAAAAGAUAUUGGAUGAAUACUUUUGGGAUGAGAUUGAUUAUAUACUUUCCUUUACAGCUUCUAUAUUUGAGAUGAUUAGGAUGGCUGACACAGACAAACCUUCUCUUCAUUUGGUUUAUGAGUGGUGGGAUACCAUGAUAGAGAAGGUGAAGGCAGCUAUCUAUAGGAAAGAGCACAAGCAACUGCAUGAAGAAAGCGACUUUUUUGAUGUGGUGUAUCAAAUUAUACUGGAGCGAUGGACUAAGAGUAGCACACCACUCCAUUGUUUGGCACAUUCUUUAAAUCCUAAGAAGAGCCCAAGCUACAAAGAAGGUGUUACUCAAAUGUGGGAUAUUGGAGGAGAUGGAUUUGAUAACUUGGGUGAAGAAGGUGUUGGGAUGCUUGAAAUUGCUAACCUUUCUCUAGAUGAACCAUCAUUGGAGGUUGCUUUAUUUACCGGAGAAGACAUUAUAAAUAUUGUAGUUGAUUGA